AUGGAUCGAGUUCUCUCGCGUCAUGUUAACGACACUGGUCUUGCUCAAGUACUCGUCUAUGUUGGUCCUCGUCUUUUUGGACUCAAGAAGGAUACUAUUGACGCUGUGUUUGGGUAUAACCCCCAGCCUCUGCAUAAGCAAAAGUUUGGUCACGCCGAGAACAUUGUGUCUUUGAACCAGCGCUCGAGCACCAACAUUAGAGACCGGGUGGCGCUGAUGCCUGAGCUAAAUGAGCUUCAAAUCGGCCGCUGGGUCUUUGAGUUGACCGUUUCUGCUACGGCAAGUGCAGUAUGGGGAGUCAAGAAUCCUUGGAGCAUGGAUCAAGAGUUCUCUAAUGAGUUCAUUGAGACGUUUGACACCCUUGGAAGACCCUUUUCGUGGCUCACAGCUCACUCGGCCUGGAAUUCUCGCAAGUUUCUCCUCAAAAGACUUCGCGAAUUCCAUCUCCAGCACCGUGAAGCUCGUGUUCAAACCACUGGUCACAGCAUCAAUGUUGUGGCUCACAGUGACCCCAAUUGGGAGACCAACCCAGACUACUACCACAUCGAGAUGGUGUCAGCCCUGGGUCUUCUGGCUACUACCAGUACCCUCGCAGUCUGGCUUACUCGUCACCUCUUGACAGACCCUGAACUUAUCCAAGUCAUCCUCAAGGAAGUCCAGCAGGUCAAAUACGUUGAAGGAGAGGAUGAGGAUAAGCCACGAUUGGACUUUGCCAACGUUCGUUCUGAAUGUCCCUGGCUCAUGGCCUCAUGGUACGAGACUCUCCGUCUUCACAUGACAGGCGUCGCCAGAAUCGCUCGUCACGACUUCAUGCUCAACAUGCCCGGGUCUGAACCCAUUGCCGUUCCCCAAGGAGAGAUUUUUAUGCUUCCCAUGUGCGCAUCUAACUUGGAUGUUGAGAACUGGGGCCCUGAUGCUGCAGUCUUCAAAGCGUCGCGCUUCAUCGACAAGGAAGGUCAAGUUUCUGGCAGCGCUGUACGCAAGGUCAGGGCCUUUGGAGUCGCGGGAAACAUGUGCCCCGGUCGUGUGUUUGGAACGGACAUCAUCUUUUCUGUGAUCGGGACGAUGCUUCGGACGUUUGACAUUGAGGCUGCGCCUGGGGAGGAGUUUAGGGUUCCUACUCUGCGAGGAGGAUUCAAUGUUGGCUUUGAGAGGUAUGGAGAUGAUGUGAAAGUCUUGCUGAAGAGGAAACAUACUGCUUAG